AGUCCGCAAACCUUUAUUUUGAAAAGCGUUUUUGCGUUCCAUUGGCACCGGAAGUGAAUCAGGUAGAGGUCGAAGGCAGCGCCAGAGUGAAAUUUAAAAACUGCGUUUAAAAACCUAUUGUCCGCCCUGUUUUUACAAAUAUUGAAAAAAAAAUAGUAUUUGAAUUGAAUUCAUUUUAAUAUUGGGUUUUUAUGUCUGUAUUCGCUGGUUUUAAUGUAAAACGCGACAAGCCGAGUCUUAGUCCUCGACGAUGAUCUGUCAUAUGAAAAGCAGAUUUCGCCAAUUCAGUCAGUGACUAUCAUGGAUUACAGAGCUGUUGUGGAAUUUGCUACUGUAACCAGGGGUCUCUCGUUGUUUUUACAGGCUCUGUUGAACGCUGCCAUCCCUGACCAUGACGCUGAUGCAUUCAGGCCCCCGCGGACCGAAGAGCAUCUAUAUUUGGACUCUGCAGUUGAGUGGUUAUUUGGUGGCCUCACUCACUGGGAUGCUGAGCAUUUCCUCCUCAUCGCGGAGAGAGGGUACAUCUAUGAACACAACUUUGCUUUUUUCCCUCUCUUCCCCGUGGUCCUGCGAGGCCUGGCGGAGACGCUGCUGUGGCCUCUCAGCAGCUGGUUGAGUGUGCGGGGCCGUCUGAUGGUGGCAGUCGCUGUUGGGAACAGCAUCUUCUUCCUGCUGAGUGUGGUGGCCUUACACGCGCUCAGCAGGGAAGUUCUGCAGGACAGGCGUCUGGCCUUGCUCUCCACUCUGCUCUACUGCAUCACACCUGCUAAUGUGUUCAUGGUGGCCGGGUACUCAGAGUGUCUGUUCGCUGCUCUCACAUUCAGUGGGGUCUUCCUCCUAGAGAAAGGAUUCACCCUUCGAGCCUGCGUGGCGCUCAGUACAGCCACUGCGGCACGAUCCAACGGACUGGUCAAUAUAGGCUUUAUACUUUAUCUUCCAACACUCCACGCCAUCUCCCGGAUCCGUUUAUAUCGCGCAACGACAAAAGGCCACAAGAAGAUGCUUCAGUACAUUUGGGUCGUCACCCGCCUCCUGCUCACUUCUCUUUUAGGAACGACAAUCAUUGCCCUUCCGUUCUGUGCUUUCCAAUACUACGGCUAUAGAACUUUCUGUAUGCCUUCCGCAUCAUUGGAACGCAUCCCCGCAGCUCUUCUCUCCUUGGCUGAGCGGAAAGGCUACCGUGUUCCAGAUGAAAAUAGUCCCCCCCCUCUUUGGUGCAUGAGAUCUCUGCCCCUGCUUUACUCCCAUAUCCAAGAUGUUUAUUGGAAUGUGGGCUUCCUGCGCUACUUUGAACUAAGGCAAAUACCAAACUUCCUUCUGGCUCUACCUAUGGUGACUCUGGGUGUCAUGGCAGCUUUUGCUUAUUUUCAAGGAAACCCAGAGUUGUGCCUAAAACUUGGACUAUGGGAGACAGAUUCAAAGAGAGGCCUCGAUAAACCCAUGCCGGGAUUUUUCAGUCCGAGAGUAUUUGUCUAUGUUGUACAUUCAACUUUUCUUCUCGCCUUUGGAAUAUUGUGCAUGCAUGUGCAGGUCCUAACCAGAUUCAUGGCUUCCUCAACUCCUGUUCCCUACUGGAUCAGCGCUCAUCUGCUCCUCCUCAAUGAGCCUCUUCUUCACCGAAGGAAAACAUCGACACCAAACAUUCAACUCAAGACUCAUUCCAAAAAUGGAUGUAAGCACACACCUCAAAACCCCAUCAUUGCUCUGCUACCACACUUUAAGAUCUGUUCCCCCACCACACAAAGCAUCCUGGGAUAUUUCCUCUCUUAUUGGCUGCUAGGCUUAGCACUGCACUGUAAUUUUCUACCAUGGACUUAACCUGGAGUAUAGCAUUUAUUCAAUUUUCAAUUUUGCUGUAACAUUUUUAACAUAACCUGUUACAAAAAGCAUGACAAAAUGUUGUGCCUGAUUGUUUUUGUUUGAAACAAGAGCUUACAGUAGAUAUGGUUACAUAAUUUAAAUCAUGCCUUUUUGUAAAUGUUACUGUAGUUGAAUGCAAACCUGAGCAGGGUGCACAUGAAAUUUGAAUGUUUAUUCUCAUGCGUCUCGGUCGUACCAAUGGGGAAAAAAGUGCGGAUUGAAUGUGUUUCAUAUUUUUGUUUAAGAACUGUGGUGUAUGUGUUUGUUUUGAAUAUUCUGUUUUAUUUAUACAUUUUGGAUGUGAAUGGAAAAACAUGGCAUUAAAUGUGCAUGUAUUCACAAAGUGGGGGGAUUUUUUAUGAUCAUUAUCAGAGUUGAUUGCAUUUAAAUGUGAAAAAUUAAAGAUCUCAUUUGUUUUACACAUUUUUGUUAACAUUUUAAAAUUAAAUAAAAUAUUUCUCAUAUUUAAA